UGUUGUUCUUUCACAUGCUAAGAGCCACCAGAGGGUUGGGCGAAACCAACAGGGCUCCGGGCAAAGCAGGCGAGUUCGUCAUUAGAGCGAAUAGCUCGCUCAGAGGGAGUGGGAGCCGGAGGUGGAACAGAUCCAAUCAGAGAGUCCUAUCAUGCCAGGACCAUGCCUGAGGUGCUUUCAUAUGCAAAUAGAGAGCGGGCAGGCGGCUGAGCCCAGCCACUUGCUGGGAUCCAGCUGAAGAAGAAGCCUGGAGAGGGUGAGCGGAACAAAGCGGGUGUGUGCGCCGGUGGCGGGAGUAUUAGCGCUUGUUCAAAGAGGGGACGGAAAAGGAAACCAACACUCUAGGCAACGGACUGCACAAUAGACAUCGUCGUCGUCGGAUCUCCCGGGACGCUUGUGGGCAGCUGGAGAUUUUUCCGCCUGGCUGAAUAACUUGAUGAGUUGUGGGGGGCUUUGUGCUUCCGGCAGUCACUCCAGAGGGAAAUAUUUUAAACCCACUAACAAUGCGCCGGCAGAGGCGUUACCUCCUGGCCAUUCCUCUCCUGGGCGCGGUGGUUUUCGUUGUGCUGCACAAGGGUGAGUUGCACCGGUCAAAAAAAUAUCCCCGGCAAACGAUGUGUCACGAAAGCUACCUGCUGAGUCGAGCCUGUGAUGCAUUCAUCGAACAGAAAAAAGCUUUUGUUUGGGGAAAUCUCCUGAAAACCUCUCGGGGGAGUUUUACCUGCAGUGAGUACUUAAUGCACAAUCACUAUAUAACCAGCCCUCUCUCUGCAGAAGAAGCUGCCUUUCCUUUGGCUUAUAUCAUAACUCUGCAUAAAGAAUUUGAUACGUUUGAGAGGCUCUUCAGGGCUAUUUAUAUGCCCCAAAAUGUUUACUGUGUCCACGUGGAUGAGAAGGCAACGGCUCAGUUUAAGCAAGACGUGGAGACAUUGUUGAACUGUUUCCCCAAUGCGUUUAUUGCCUCAAAAAAUGAGCCAGUCAUUUAUGCUGGAAUAUCCAGACUUCAGGCGGAUUUGAACUGCAUGAAAGACCUGCUGGAAUCAGGAGUUCAGUGGAAGUACCUGCUCAACGCGUGUGGACAAGAUUUCCCCUUGAAAACCAACAAGGAAAUAGUUCAGCACUUGAAAGGCUAUAAGGGUAAAAAUAUCACUCCUGGGGUGCUGCCUCCUGCCCAUGUGAUUUCAAGAACCAAAUAUAUCCAUAAGGAGCACAUAGGGACGGACUCCUCUUACAUGAAAAAGACCAAUGUAUUGAAACAGUCCCCACCACACAAUCUGACCAUCUACUUUGGCUCUGCUUAUAUCGCCGUCACAAAGCCAUUUGUCGAGUUCAUUCUCAAUGAUCAACGUGCUAUUGAUUUAUUGGAGUGGUCCAAGGACAGCUACAGUCCAGAUGAACACUUCUGGGUAACACUCAAUCGGAUACCAGAUGUCCCUGGUUCCAUGCCAAAUGCAUCCUGGGAAGGUAACCUGAGAGCUAUCAAGUGGAACGAUAGGGAAAGCUUUCAUGGAGGUUGUCAUGGCCAUUACGUCAGAGGCAUUUGUAUAUAUGGAACAGGUGACCUAAAGUGGCUAUUUAAGUCUACAAGCAUGUUUGCUAACAAGUUUGAACUCAAAACAUACCCACCCACUGUAGAAUGCCUGGAACUGAGGCUUCGAGAGAGAGCACUGAACCAGAGCGAAACGCAGGUGAAACCAAGUUGGUACUUUUAACAACUCAGAAUGGAAAUAAAACUCCAGCUGCAAUAGCUCAGGAAGAAUAGCCUUCCCAGGAAGACUUUUCUUCUGGAACUUCAGUACGGGUAGUUUGUAAUGUCUUGAGUGGAAGGUUUGAGUGCAGAUCAUACAACACUGGAGAGACCAAAGAGAAGGCUGAGGAAAUGGUUCUGUUGGCUUUGCUGUAUUUGCACUUUUGGCAUGUGUGGCUAGACAGCAGCUUGCUGACUUGUGCCUGGCAAUAAUGUUAUCGCUAUCAUGUUCUGUAUAUUUAUAUGUAAAAAUCACGCAUCCCUAAAUUUUCGUACGGCAACAUAAAAUCCAGAGCAUACUAAUGAGGAAGAGUUAUCCUUCUUUGAAGGAAACAACCACCAUCAACAAGAUCUUAAAGUAAAAUCCAGGUGCACAGUUUGAUGACUUCCAUACAUACAGAAACAAGAAGCACUGA